AUCAGUUCAGGUGUUGAUCAGCAAGAGAGUGUAUCUUUCUUCGAUUUUCUGUGUCCAAAGGAAAGUUUAGCUUGAGUGUAAAAAAAAUGAAGGCAUUUAAAUCUCUUGUGAUGGCAGUGGCUGUCUUUGGGGUGGCCGUAUCCGCUAAUAUUCCGCUCCAGGGAGCAUCAUCCAACAGCUAUGGGGAUUCCUAUGGUGCUGGUGGCUCUGGAAGUGGAUAUGGUGGAUCCUAUGGGGGUGGGUAUGGCUCAGGCCAGGACUAUUCGCAUGCAGCUGCUGCGACCGUUGACCUUACAACGGGAGCCAGCCAGGGCGGCGGCUAUGGUGGACACGACGGAGGCUACAGCAGUGGAGGCUACAGCAGUGGCUACGAUGGCGGCUACGGAGGAGGCUACUCAGGCGGACAUGAAGGUGGUCAUGAUGGUGGAUUCGAUAGCUACCAGGCCUCUUCCGGUCAUGGAAACUUUGGCGGCUACGGCGGAGGCUAUGGUGGAGACUAUGGUAGCCAGGAACACGGAGAAUCCGUCCACACCCAUGGCCAUGCCAUUCCCAUCAGUGAACACAUUGAAGUCACCAAGAACGUUCCAGUUCCCAUUUACAAGCAAGUCCAUGUUCCAAUUGAGAAGAAGGUCAAAGUUGAAAUUCCUCACCCAGUUUUAGUGCCAGUUCCCCAGCCCUACCCCGUCCACAUUCCCGUGGCUCAACCUGUGGCUCAGCCCGUGAUCAAGGAAAUUAACAUUCCCGUGGAAAAAAUUGUUCCAUACAAGGUUGAGAAGAAGAUCCCCUAUCCCGUGGAGAAACACGUGCCCUACAAAGUUGAGAAGUACAUCCAAGUACCUGUCCCCCAUCCAAUUCCAGUUAAAGUACCCGUUGUGAAGACCAUCUUCCACAAAGUCAAGUCCCAUGGCUGGCACUAAGACCCACAUCCUUCAAUUCCCAAUCGUGAGACGCUCUCUAGGGCUUCGAUUUUAUUUAUUGAUCCAUCUUUUAAGAGAGAAAAUCUCCACCCGGAAAAAACCUUGUUGAUACAUUUCUCAAUUGUUGCUAGAUUUGUAAUGCCUAAUGAUUUUGUUACUAAAAUUUUAUUAUCAAAAGAAAGAAAAGACUUUGGACAAAAAUAAAUUAUAAUUUUUCAAAAAA